GGAUAAGGAAAGGAGAGGUGAAGGCAAACUGCCAACGUACUUCCCCCUAUCAUUACUCAAGACAAGCGAGGUCAACGUCCUGUCUAGAUAGGCAAUGAAAAUUCAGGAGCCAUUGUACGUAUAUACAUACAUGUACAUACACAAUUACCCGUUCGCUGGGAUAUGUACUGCAGGGCUCAUCUAGAUUAACCCUCUCUAUUUAAUUUUCCGUUUUGAGGGUUCCAUCUCGAAAAAAUCGACCCCUCAUCGCGAUUUUUUACCCCUGUGAGCUGCCAUUCCCCACCAGUUGCCCAAAGUCUAAUGGGAUGAUGGCUGGGCGCGAAUUUUAUCUCUUUUCGCCCUUUUUCCCCCUUCUUUUUUAGCGAGAAGUCGUCGGGAAAAAUAUAGAGAAUGUGUUCAUCUGUGCGGCCCCCAAACCCUUGUUAUUCGACCCUUGACAAAUGCGGACAGGACAGUAUGAAUCCCCACCAUUGGCUGCAAAAGAAACACCGAAAAGCUGUUUUUAUGAGUCUAAACUCCCAAACGAAGACCCCUCAUCCUUCCUCUUGGCGGAGUGGCUCACGGACGAUAGUUACCCGACAUCACAUCAUCAAGAUGGGAGCGCGCGUUGGCCGGAACAAUAUGCACUCCUCAAUUAGGUCCCCCGGAACCGGCUCCUCCCCGACCAUGUUAUGUACUGUGCGUAUACAAUCCUUGACUGAACAUUCUGUUAGUUCGUUAUAUGGUUUCCCUCUUCC